AUGGAAGAGAAUUCAAUAAGAUUUUAGAAAUAUUUUUAAGUUAUUUCAAUCGAUAAAGAUGAUUCAUUCAUUUUUGUAGCUAGUGACUCUUCUAUCACUUUGUUUCAAUUUAAAUUUACUUAAUUUAAAUUGUAGAAGUCAUAAUAAUUAUGUCACCAUUUCAAAUAACUUUUAAAACAAUUCUUAAUUCAUUGCAGGUUCAAUGGAUUCCAAAAUUGUAUUAUGGUCUUUGAAUCUCAUGGCAAAUGA